GUGACAACACGGCGUUAAAGAAAAUGGCAGGCCACAUCACUCUGCUUUUGUCAUGCCUGAGCCUAGUUUCAAUAUUAAUUGUAGCAAGAGCUAAUGGCGAUGAUGGACAUGGAGCAAACGCAAUAAGCUACGACGCGGACACAUUUGAAGCUGGAAUACUACAGAACAGAAAUUUUGUUAUGUUCUACGCACCAUGGUGUGGACACUGCAAAAACCUUGCCCCUACUUGGGAUGAGCUUGCUAAAAUUUACAACAGUGCAGAUGACAGUCCCAUUAUAAUUGCUAAGGUUGACUGUACAGUUCACACUGGCUUGUGCGCUGACCAUGAGGUUGUUGGUUUCCCAACCCUCAAGCUUUUUGAGAUUGGCGGUGGGAGCUACAAACGCUAUUCUGGGAAACGAGAUCUGGAAUCACUGAAAAAUUUUAUUCAGGAAAAAAUUCAAGGACUUGAUGGCAAGAAUGCUGAAGCUGAUGAAACAGAUCAAGAAGCCACUAAACAACAGGAACCAAAGAGUAAUGUUGUUAUCUUAACAGAUGAAAACUUUGCUAGCACUGUAGCUACAGGCUCAUACUUUAUCAAGUUCUAUGCACCAUGGUGUGGCCAUUGCAAGCGACUUGCUCCAGUAUGGGAGGAAUUAGCUGAUGCUGUUACCAAUGAAAACACUAAAGUUGCUAAGAUAGACUGCACACAAUCUACAGUGUUUUGCAAGCAAUACAACAUUGAAGGAUACCCAACCCUCUUGUGGUUUAAUGAUGGGGAAAAGGUUGAUAGAUUCAUAGGACCAAGAACACUAGAUGAGUUAAAACAAUUUGUUACUGAGAAAUCUGCAGCACAAAUUCCUCAAGAUUCAGAAAGUGUCCCUUCAGAUAUUCCAGAGGAGCCAGAGGUGUUUGUUAAAGAUCUGACAGAUGAGAAUUUCCAUGCUCACCUUUCAUCUGGCCUUGUCUUCGUCAAGUUUUUUGCUCCCUGGUGUGGCCACUGUAAGCGCCUAGCACCAACAUGGGAGGACCUGGGUAAAGAAAUGAAAAGUGACCCUGUGUCUAUAGCAAGGGUGGACUGCACUCAGCACAAGAGUGUGUGUGAUCAAAAUGAGGUGAGAGGUUAUCCAACCCUGAAAAUAUUCCGCAAUGGUGAGUUACUGUCAGAUUACAGGGGAGGGCGCACACUAGAGGAUCUGCAGAGCUUUGUCAAAAAGCACAUUGAACAGCGUGAUGAGUUGUAAGAAGUCAACUUGAUGCAUGUAAUUAUGGAUUGGAUGUUGUGUGUGUUUGAUUUUUUUUUUAAAUUGUAAAAUAAAGAAUGUGUUUACAUCUUUGUCAUGUUUAUGAAUAGGUUAUUACUUUGAAGGGUAAUUAAAAACAAUAAAAUGUAAUUUCUUUGUUGGGUAUUAAAGGAAGUAUUAAAUGACCUUAGAUUUACAGUUAAUGUAACAGAUCUUUUUUAUAUAAUUCCUAUUUUUAUGAAUUAUGUGACCUAAAAACUACCAGUUGCUUAGUGUUGUUAAAAUAAUAAAAUGUUUUGUUAAAACAAUUCUUACAUUUUAAAGAAAUUAAAUUAUGAGAA